CAAGGAAGUAGCAAUACCGCACGUUUGUGCCUGAUGCCACAACAUCGUUAGUAUACCAGUUGUAUUUUAUCACCGCAAAUAGGAUCACGAUGUUUCAAGCAGUAAUCUGUGACUGAAACUUUUUUUUAAAGAAUGGGAUAAGGACAUUGAAGAAAUUGACAAUCCUAGCCAGUUUGGAAGCUUUGCUCUGCACAAGUGAAAGUUAUAUAUAUAUUUAAAAAAAACGAAUGAUGGCAGAAAAUAAAGAAGGGACGUUUAGGUUUGUUGUUGUCGGUGGGGGAAUCGCAGGUGUAACUUGUGCUGAGCAGUUGGCCUCCCAGUUUCCAUCGAGUGAUGUCGCCCUUCUGACUGCAGCUCCUCAGAUAAAGACAGUUACACAUUUUAAACAGGUGUCAAAGACUCUGGAGGAGUUUGAUGUGGAGGAGUGUCCCUCCAGCGUCCUGGAGGAGAAGUACACUAACCUGAAAGUAAUCCAGUCUGCUGUCACAGGCCUUCAGCCACAGCUACAUACUCUUCACACUGUAGACGGUCAGGAGAUCCUGUAUGAGAAGCUCUGUAUCUGCAGCGGGGGAAGACCCAAACUACUCACCCAGGACAACCCCUUUGUCCUGGGGAUACGAGACACAGAUAGCGCCCAGGAGUUUCAAAAGCAGUUAUCUAAAGCGAAAAGAAUAGUGGUCAUUGGGAAUGGAGGCAUUGCCUUGGAAUUAGUGUACGAGGUGGAAGGUUGCGAGGUCAUUUGGGCUGUAAAAGACAAGGCCAUAGGAAACACCUUCUUCGAUGCAGGAGCCGCCCAGUUCCUCAUCCCAUCCCUGGCGACCGCGAAGCCGGGGAGAGCUGUUCCGUAUAGGAGAGCUCGCUACACCACUGAAGGGGCUGGAGCCUUGGCUGCAGCUACCUCAGGUGGAGAUCGUAGGGUGACAGAGCCUGGCAGUGCCCUGGGACCAGACUGGCACGAGGACAUCACUCUGAGAGGAGCACAGGAGGAGGUGUCUCACAGAGUGACCAUGGAGUACCAGUGCGAGGUUGAAAAGAUCUACACACACCAGGAAUGGCUGCAUUCAAAGCAUGCUCUACACACAACUGACACAGUAUCAUGGAAGGUGUACGUCCAGCUGACCAAUGGGAAAACGUUUGGCUGUGACUUUAUCGUCAGCGCCACAGGUGUCGUGCCCAACACAGAACCAUUCCUCCAUGGCAACAGUUUUGCGCUGGCGGACGACGCUGGACUGCAGGUGGAUGACCACAUGAGGACGUCAGAGCCUGAUGUGUACGCCGCGGGAGAUGUGUGCACUGCAUGCUGGGAACCCAGCCCGCUGUGGCAGCAGAUGCGUCUGUGGACGCAGGCUCGACAGAUGGGCUGGUACGCAGGCCGCUGCAUGGCCGCUGACGUCCUGGCUGAACCCAUAGAGCUGGACUUCUGCUUCGAGCUCUUCUCACACAUCACCAAGUUCUUCAACUACAAGGUGGUCCUUCUGGGGAAGUUCAACGGCCAGGGCCUGGGCCUUGACCAGGAGCUGCUGCUGCGCUGCACCAAGGCCCUGGAGUACGUCAAGGUGGUCCUGAGCGGGGGGAGGAUGAUGGGGGCCGUCCUGAUCGGAGAGACUGACCUGGAGGAGACGUUCGAGAACCUCAUUCUCAACCAGAUGGACCUGACGCCUUAUAGAGACGAGCUGCUGAACCCCAACAUAGAUAUAGAGGACUACUUUGACUGAGGCUACGUGCUGCAGACAAGAGGGAAACCAAGUGGUUUUCGAGCCAAUACGUUUUUAUCUACAGGGUCUUGCACAUCCGUUUUAUUUAAGUGUGAUUUGAACGAUUGUUGUAAAUUAAGUUUAAAAUAAAUUAUUUUGCUGACUGGGGUGUGCUUUGGCAUAUAAA